GGCACAGCUGGUAAUUAGGGCUUUAUGUGGCGAGGGGACCGGCGGUGACUGUGUGUGUGCUGUGCAGGUGGCAGUAGCAGGUGAGGUUUCGGAGACUGGUGAGCAGGUAACCUGAAGAAGUCAAGAAGCAUAACAUGUCCACUGCAGAAGAAAAAUUCUCCCUCCGGGAGGUCUUGGACAGCUUCAAGUGUUGCUUAGUAGAUGAUGACCAAGAUGUUCUUGUAGAGCAAUAUCUAAAUGGAUGGAAGGGAUUGGUUAGGUUUAUGAACAGCCUCGGGACCAUCUUUUCUUUUGUUUCCAAAGAUGCUGUAAAUAAAAUUCAAAUAAUGGAAAACUAUUUAAGCAAGGAAAAUGGAGAGCGUUAUCGGACCCUCCAAUCCAUGGUUGAGUAUGAGCUCAGUGCCAACUUGGUGGACCUAGCGAAACGCGGCAGUCAUCCAGAAUCUGGCUGCCGUACAAUACUGCGCUUACACCGCGCACUGCGCUGGCUCCAACUGUUUUUGGAGAAGUUAAGAACAAGUUCAGAGGACAGCAAGACCUCCACCUUGUGUACAGAGGCAUACAACUCCUCUCUGGCCAACUACCACCCUUGGAUCAUACGUAAAACGGCGACUGUUGCCUUCCUCGCACUUCCGUCUCGUAACACUUUCUUUGAAGUGAUGAACAUUGGUACAACAGAAGAGGUGGUAGACCUGCUUGGUGAUGCCAUGCCAUAUGUAUCCAACGUUUAUGAUUUUACACAAGAACUGUAUUCUCAACAUAACCUUCUAGAUUUACCUUGAAUGGUGCUGACGUGGCUUCAGUAUACUACAUAUCUGUUCUAUGGUCUUCCUGGUGAGAGCUAUCAAAUGGACGUAUCAUACUGUAGAUUGAUUUUGUUUGCCUCUAUCAAAGGUUUCAGGCAUUAACAUAACCGACUGUAAUUAUGUAAAGUACUUUAAACUACUAAGUAGAAUUUAUUUGUGAAAUUAUAAAAUUUGACUGUUUUACUGGUA